CCGUUUACAAUUGCAUCCUUUGCCAUGUUAAAAGUAAUCGCAAUUUAGACAUUUCAAUUGUUUUCUACUUUUUUUCUAAGAAAUAGGAUCUUUUAGUUAUAAGAAAACAGUCCUUUCCUUUUUUCAAAUGUUAUAUUCCUGGCUUGCAAAGAAUAUUUUUUUAAAUGAACCUUUAGAAACUUAGACCAAUUUUCGAAGCAAAUGCUCAUGGGUUUCUAUUAUUCAUAUCAAAGUAUAGCAAUAAAGUACCUACAAAAGUAAUAACUUCCGUCGGAAUUUUCUUAGUGAUGACAGUUGAUAUAGAAAUGGAAACGUCUUGGACGAUAGAUAGUUAAGUGAUUAUAGCUAAAUAAAAAAUGAUUCGAAAAAUACAACGCGUCGCUAUGUGCAAAAAGAAAAGGGAGAAAAAGAAUACAUUGUAUUCAAGCAUUACUGAGUAUGAUCGAUUGACGAUUUCUUACAUCGUUCUAAAAAAAUGAAGACAACAUCGAACAAAGACUUCACUUACGCUAUGAUUCCGUUGAAAUUCUUGUCAUGGCCCGUAGGCACUUGGCCUUUCCAAGUGCACGAAAUAUUUUCAAUCUCACGUACCAUAUUUUCAAUUUCACUUUUGUUAUUGAUGGUAGUGAUUUUACAAGUGGAAUUAUAUUUGGACAGAAGCAACGCAGAAAAUAACCUAGAUGCUCUUCUAUUAAUUAAUUGCGGUAUUUUAGCAGUGGCAAAAGUGAUGUGUUUUCGUAUACGUUCUAUAGGACUCGUUUCCAAUUUUUCUUCUGCGAUUAAGGAUUACAACGAAUUAAACAGUGAAGAAAAUCGAGUGAUUAUGCGCCGGCAUGCAUACAUGAGUAGAGUAGCAUGCGCCAGUUUAAUAUCUUGCUCGUUUAUCGCGUCCACGCUUUUUAUGACUGUGCCUAUGCUUACUGGCAAAGACAAAGAAGAAAUAAUUAAUAUAACGGAAAAAAGUAUAAUAAAAUAUCCUAUUCCAUCUAAAAAUGCAUUGGCGAUUAUAAAUAUGCCGGAAAAUUUGAGUUUCAUGGUUUUCAUCAUAGAAUACAUGAUGCUAUUAUUCACGAGUACUGGGAAUCUAGGUAGCGAUUCAUUGUUUUUCGGUAUUGUUUUUCAUUUGUGUGGUCAAGUGGAGAUUUUAAAAUUAAAAUAUAAUAAAUUGUCCAAUACAAACGAAAGAACAAUGGAACAUAUUAUUUUAUUAACCAAAAGACAUAUUUACUUGUUGAAUCUGAGUAAGAUGCUAAAUGAGACAGUUAGUUCUAUUUUGGUCAUACAACUUUUUUCAAGUUGCGUACUUAUAUGUACAACUGGAUUUCAACUUAUUCUCACUUUGACUUUUGGAAAUGUCGUCUUGACGAUAAAAAUACUUGCAGAGAUAUCCAUUCUUUUGAUACAAUUGUUCGCAUAUAGUUACGUAGGUGAAUAUUUAAAGAACCAAACUGAAGGUAUCGGUAAUUCGAUAUAUUUCUGUACUUGGUAUGAUAUGCCAAAAAAUAUAUCCAAAGAUAUUAUUUUUAUUAUUAUGAAAUCUCAACGUCCAGUUCUCUUGACAGCUGGGAAAUUCUUUGUUGUCAACAUGCAAACAUAUAUGAGUAUUUUAAAAACUUCGAUGUCGUAUCUUUCAGUUCUUCGAGUGAUGGUAAAUUCUUAA